AUGAGUCAACAACACUAUGGCUGCCGAUGGGAGUACGGCAUGAUCGCACCAUUUCGUGAUAUGGUGCCCGGUCUAUGCUAUGUCCAGACACGUCAAAAGGCUAGUCCAAUCAUGGGAUGGAUUGACAUCGCUGUUGAAGGCCAGAGGGGCAUAAAAACUGGGCUUGUUUGCGAAGAAAAUGACCGAACCCAUCCGUGUCGGCGUGCACGACUUGCUGGCGUGAAAGUUCCCCCGUUGGAGCCAUUUGGGCCCUCUCCCAGAUGGAUUGAGCUCUAG